AUGCUGGAUCUUAGCCCUCCUAAAUUGGGCUUCCGCCGUCCCUUCACACACGAAGUCUCCCAGGUCCUCCGCCUCCAUAAUCCUAGCAGCGAUCCGGUAGCCUUCAAGGUCAAGACCACCGCGCCUAAACAAUACUGUGUACGCCCCAACUCCGGCCGCAUCGAGCCAGGUCGCGAUGUCGAAGUCCAAGUGCUUCUCCAAGCCAUGAAAGAGGACCCACCACCAGACACCCGCUGCCGUGACAAGUUCCUCGUCCAAUCCGUCGCGAUCUCCCCCGAGAACAACACCGGCAACGUCACCCAGAUAUGGUCGAACAUCGAGCAGACGGCCAAGAGUAGCAUACAGGAGAAGAAGAUACGUGUCAGUUUCCUGCCAGAGGAUGGCUCAGCAGGUUACGACAAUAUGUCAGCCGCGGGCAUGAGCACGAAUGGGCUAUCGCACCACGAGGAUGAGCCGCCGGCGUACUCAUCUCCUUCGCCCUUGGCUGUGACACCUCAGCGCAGUGCUCAAGGCCCGAUCUCCACACCUGCCGAUAAGCCGCUUGAUGCCAAGAACCGUGGCGACGCGAUGAAUGAUGCCCAUAACCCAGCAACAAACCCAGCAUCAGGACAGUCCACUCUCGGGGCCGCCGCUGCAUCCAUUGCUUCCGUGAUUCCGACUUCGCAGGCCGACCUACAGAAGUCUCUCGAGGCCGCCAACGCUCAGAUCAAGAGACUGCAGGAGCAGGCAUCGGAAGGUUUGAGGCAACGGAAGAUCACGGCGGAUGGGCAGGAGAAGAGUAGUAUCGCCACGAGCAUGCAGAAUGCGCCUGCGCCUGGUGGUGUGCCGGUUCAGAUAGUGGCUGGAUUGUGCUUGCUGUGCUUCUUGAUCGCCUAUCUGUUGUUCUGA